AUGCAACUCGCGUCCCUUCUUGGGUUUGUGGCGUUGGCCCGCGCCGUCGCCCAUGACGCGUGCACUCCGACGACCCCGGAGCCGACGACGCCGGCACCAACGACGGCAGCGCCGUUCUCCAUUUGCCGGACCUUGGUGGAUGGCAAGAAGAUCUACCUCGCGCAGAUGGUCGGGAGCACCAAACACUACCUCGGGUACUGCGUUGGCUGCACACUCGACGCGUACAGCUACAAGCUGCCAGCCCGCGUCAACAAGUGGUGGCAUUCGAUCACGAUCGCAACGAUCCCGGGCGGCUCGCUCGGGCUCCAGAUGGACACCGGCCGCUUCUACAGCCGCUGCGAAAACUGUGGCAACGCCGCCAACCAGGUCGUGCAGCGCUAUACCAAGUGGCAAGCCUCGGAUUCGACCCACUGGACGUGCGAAGACGUGAGUGAGACGCACAUUCGGCUCAAAGACUUCAAGGGCGAGUACAUGACGCGGCGCGAGUACUUGAAGCCCCUUGAUGGUCACUUUGUCUAUAGUAGCUCCCUCAAUGCCACGGACGACGGCCAAUUGUGGACCGUGGAUCUCACCGCACCGUAGCACCGUAGCGUCGACAAAAGCCCGACCUUGAAU